UAGUUAUUGUGUGGAUAUUGGCAAACUGAUUCUAAAGUUUAUAUGGAGGAGCUUUUGGUGGCAGGGUCUGGGGAAGGGCUGUCAGGUGCCAUGUCUGACCAUGAAGGUGGCAAGAAGGAGCCCCUGAAGCAGCCCAUGAAGCAGGCCAAGGACAUAGAUGAGGAAGAUAAGGCACUCAAGCAGAAACAGAAAGGGGAGCAGAAGAAACUCAAGGAGCUAAAAGCAAAGGCUAUGGGGAUGGGCCUCCUGGCCACAGGUGGAAUUAAGAAACCUGACAAAAAGUAAGCUGUUUUUUUAU